AUAUUGAUAUAGCAGCAAAUACAUAUCUCCCAUCCCUAACUCUUCAAAAUAAACGUACAGCCCGGGAAGAUUUGUUGGCAUUAUUUUGUUUUUGUGCUCUUUCAUCGCAGCUAUUAUACGCAAUUCGGAAUGGAAUCCACUAAUGAAAACCAGCACGAUGAUGCGAGCGUCCUGGCGCCGACGCCACUUGGCAAACAAAGUGGACGGACACACAAAGACACACCAUUAGCCAUGAAAACGCGUCACGGUCGCAAGAAAAGCCAAGCUAACCCUGAAUUGGGUUCGCCCAUCAAUCCAGAGCCUCCCAAAACACCACCAAGCAGCAGACGCAAUAUGACAAAGAAUGAAACCCCGAGACGCAGUGCGCGCAAGAGUGUGCGCCCGGCGUUGGACUACGAUGAUAUUAUGCUACGUUCUGCCACCAAGGAAAUGAAGAACAAAGUUGCUGAAGUGAUUGAAGAAAUUGAGGAGCCCACACAGAAGUGGACUGCCGCAGAAGUGGGCCGCAAUUCAUGUAAGCGCAGUCGCAAGUCCAGACGCGCUUCCAGCAAGCCCAAAACCAUUCUGGGAGAGAAAGACGAAGAAGUCGAUAAGCCAGAUGCUGCUGAGUUGCCAUCCACAGCUCUAGAUGAUGAUAAGCCCAUCAUUGAAACCAUUCCUGAGGAUACUAGCACUGAGAAAAAAGAUUCAAAAUCCGGCACUGAAGAUGAGGAUGAACAGUGUUUGAUUUCUGUCGGAGUGGAGCACAUCACAGCCGAUGAAACCGAUGAGGAAGCUAUGCCACCAACUAAACAGGCAGUUCCGACUGUUACCGAAGAAAAAACGGUGGAAAUAAAUGCAGUGUCCACUGCACAGGCGGCACGUGCCGCACCGAAUAAUACGACAUUGGACGACCUGGGAUUGUGUCCACUUGAUGAGCCUAUGGAGCAAUCCGAGCAUGCCGCAUUGGAAGAUGAAUUUGAAUGCGAAAUGCCAUCGCUGAUUAUGGUCGACGAUGAUGAGCUGGCCGAGCCAGAUAAAUCUGUGCUCAACACGACCUUUGACGCUGAGGAAAGAAAGAGCAAUGAAUCGAAUGUUGUCGCAGUGGAUGUUUCCGAUUGCGAUGCUUCCGUGAAGCCAUCGAUUAAAGUUGUUCUAACAACGGAUGAUGACCAGAACCAGACUCUUUUGAAUUUAGCUGAAAUCGGGACAAAGUCAACUAAACCAAGCCCCAACCGAUCCAAGAUCAAUCGGUUACCUACACCUUACAAGUCGCGCAAGUCUUCAUCGCGCAAGUCCCCCAAGGCAGGGAAGCCAUAUGAUCAGAGCGCCCAGUUGGCUAACACAGAAAUGAGAAAGCGACGCUCAAAGUCAGCCACAACUUGGGAUGAUAUCAAAUCAAGAACUGUCUCGUUUCGCAGUCCCCUGGAAAUUGCGCAUGUCGAUGACAUUGAUAAGCGCUGGGAGCGUCUGAACACCAGUAAUGUCACAAAUCGACGCAAGCGCUCAAUGUCGGUGGACGAGAUCCGCCCGAAGGGUAGCAGGAUUCCGCAGCCAAAAUUCUUUAAGGGAGGCCAAGUGAUUACACCCAGCAAGGUGAAGAUGCGAACAAAGCUUCCAAACUUUGCAGCCAUUCAUCAGAAGCAAUUCGCCAAGAUGGAGAAUUUGGUGGACCAUCUCGACCGCAAGGCAGUACGCGCCAAGGUGUUAACUAGCUCAGCCUUGAAGCAUGAACCGGGAGCUGGAUCAACCGUGAAGAAGAUGCCAAGUUCCAGUGCUGUGGCGGCUGGCGAUUGCUCCCGACCAAGGGCGCUCAGGAAAAUUGAUUGGUGCAGCAACCCGACAGCAGCCAAGCAGCCUGAAAAUGGGUUGAUUGAUCCACCACGUCCAGCCACUUUGGCGAAGGUGCCGUCACAAAGCCGCCUGCCAUUGAAGAGUGGCAGUAAUAUAGUGUCGAAGCCAGCAUUCAAUUUAUCAACAAACGUGGUCAAGAAAUUUACAGCAACCAGCACGGCCACCACUGUGCCAACCGCGUUUGAGGAUAAGGUGGCAGAGAGACGCCAACGGCACAUGGAAAUGUUCAAGAGCCGCAGCGCCCCAAAACAGAAAACUGGACAAUUCAUACGUGGAGUGCGCUUAAAUCGUCGCUUUGAGCUACAAAUGCAGCAUCGUCGCCACAUGGAGGAGGAAUAAGCCUAGAUUUAAAUGUUUAAUUACUUUUUACGUUCGAACUAACACACACAUGUAUAUUUAUGAUUUGUCUUUUCGGUUCCUUGCAAUGCGGGGUUUAAACAUGCUGUAACAAAUGAAUUCAUUAAAGUUAUAUUAAUCUUUUCUUGUA